CCUUUAAUUACCACCACUUCAAACACAACACAUCAACAAAACAAAACAGUACCAAAUCUAAAUCUUCUCAUCUUUUUUGACAAACUUUUCCUAAAUGGCCCCGGAAAUAGUAAAGAGCGGAGUUGACUCGGUCGGAUUUACAAAGACACCACUGAGUCAACCCAGUAGAGCGUUCGUGACGUUCUUAGCUGGAAACGGUGAUUAUGUAAAAGGAGUAGUUGGGUUAAUCAAAGGGUUAAGGAAAGUAAAAAGUGCUUAUCCUUUGGUUGUGGCGGUGUUACCUGAUGUCCCUGAAGAUCACCGCGAAAUAUUGGUGUCGCAGGGUUGUAUUGUUCGCGAAAUCGAACCCAUUUACCCGCCACAAAAUAAUACCCAGUUUGCUCAUGCUUAUUACGUCAUCAACUAUUCUAAGCUCCGAAUUUGGGAGUUGGUGGAGUACGAGAAGCUGAUAUACUUAGAUGGAGAUAUCCAAGUGUUUAAAAACAUAGACCAUCUAUUUGAUUUACCAAAUGGGUAUUUCUAUGCUGUGAUGGACUGCUUUUGUGAGGCAUCAUGGAGUAAAACCCCUCAAUAUAAGAUCGGAUAUUGCCAACAGUGCCCUGAGAAAGUCCAAUGGCCCACCGCCGAGCUCGGCCCACUUCCAUCACUCUAUUUCAAUGCUGGGUUCUUUGUGUAUGAGCCUAGUAUUCCUACUUAUCAUGAUAUCCUUAAGAAGCUUCAAGAAACCCCUCCUACCUCCUUUGCUGAGCAGGACUUUUUGAACAUGUACUUCAAGGACAAAUUCAAGCCACUACCAAUUGACUACAACCUAGUGUUAGCCUUCCUAUGGAGGCACCCGGAGAAGGUGGACUUGAACAAGGUGAGGGUGGUGCACUACUGCGCGGCGGGUUCAAAGCCAUGGAGGUUUACAGGGAAAGAAGAGAACAUGGAAAGGGAAGACAUAAAAAUGUUAGUAAAGAUGUGGUGGGAUGUUUAUAAUGACACGUCAUUGGAUUACAACCCUGCUGCCGAAGCUGCUUCUGGUGGCGGCGGCGGCGGUGGUGGUGGUGGUGUUAUGAAGCCUGUUUCGUUUAGAGAAGCUUUGUCAAAGGCAGGUGUUGUUAACUAUGUUACUGCACCUUCUGCUGCUUAGGUUUAGAGGAUCGAGCUAGUUAUUAAUUAGGUUUAGGGACUAAAUUUGUGUCUUUAUUUUUAGGUUUCAUUUUGUAUAUAGGGAACUGUAUUUUGUAUUUUGUUUUUUUUAUAAUUUUGAGUGCUUUGUUUUUGUUUAUACGUUUGGAAGAAUAGUGUGAAUGCGUGAGAGUUAUAUUAAUUGUAAGAGAAGGGGUGAAGUUAUGUUCACAAAUUGUUUAUAAAUAAUGCUUACUAAA